AUGAUGAAAGAGGAAGGCGAGACAGCAAAGGUUGCUCUGCAUAUACAAUCACCCUACGUGAGGUCCUUGGAAGCCCUUGGAAAGCUAAUGGAGACAUUGCUGGAGGAAGCACCAACCGCAGACUGGUUCCAGGAAAUGUUUGAACUCCUAAGGACGUGGUUCAGUUCAGGGAAGGAGUGGGAGAGAGAAAGGGCCUUGCAGGCCAGCACCCAGCUGCUGACUGCCUAUCAAGAGACAGUUCACAGCACAACUCAGGAAACUUUUAAUCAGUUUGGAUCUCUGAUUGGAGCAAUAGCACCAUACAGCUGUGAUUCACUGGCCACGUCUCGUCAGUGGGUGGUUGACUGUAUCAGCUGCCUUCUCUGUAUACAAGGCCAGCCCAUGAACCUGGGGUCAGCGGAGGAGGAGCUGAGAUGUCUCCAUGAAGAACUAACAGCAGCUCCGGACCCCGAGGCUCUGUUUCAGGCAUCUUCCAAAAUGGCCAGGGUUGUUAGUGAGUACUUUCCCCCAGAACAGGCCACAGCCUUUAUUGAGGCCACAGUGGAAAGUAUGCUGUCUGCCAGCCCCACCUGUGCCACGGCAUCUGGACUGUGGAUGAAGGUUAUACUGAAGAAGUGUGGAGAUGCCAUGCUCGAUAAGGCUGAGAGCCCCCGCUGCUGGAGCUCCACCCUUUCAGUUACUGCUGUGGGCAGUUCGCAAAUGAAAGUAGUUUUCUGCCCAAGAGAAAUCGACCGGCUUGAAACUGACCAGCUUGAAAUGGUGCCAGCUAUUCUGGAUAUAAUAUAUAGCCACAUGGCUACUAUCCAGGAGGGCAUCUUGAAGCAGUCCCUGCUGGAGGCAGUGUCUAUUCUAGCUCACCAUCACCUAGAGGCAGUGAUCUCCAGCCUCCUCAGCAACCAUCUGCCGAUGGACAGUGACACCACUGAGCUGAGGAGAUCUUUGGGGAGAGACCCCUUGCUUGCCACUCAAGUCCUACAGGUCCUAAUAGAAAAAAUAAAGACUUCAACAAGGCAAGAAGGAAGCGUCACCUCAGAGACUGAAACUGACAGGCAUUUGGCAGCUGCUGAACCUCUCUCAGCAACAUGUGCCAUCUUUGAGGUGGUGUCAGCACUGCAGUCGAGCAAAGCUGUGCAGGAGCUGCUCCCAGAGUUGUUUCCUGUUCUCCUGCAGCAGGUCAGCCGAACCUCAGGACAAAAGAUGCCUUUGCCAAGGAUAAGAAGCCAGAGCCUAUUCCAAAAAGACCAACAACAUACUGAGGGCAACCCUUGCCGGUUUUCUGUCCAAGCAUUAGAAUCUGUGCUUUUCAAAGUUGGGAAUGAGAGACUGGUGAGAGUGCUCAGGAUGCAGAAAACAUGGAUUCUGCUUGAAAACCCCCAGACUCACCAUGAGGGAGUGUGUCUGCUGGUGAGGUAA